AUGCCGCCGCUCCUCACCUUCUCCUCGCCGGCGCAGUCGCUCGCAGUCCCAGCGCCGUCCAGGGCCCGGUUGAGGGUCGCUGCUUCCGCCGUCGUUGGUGCCACCGGCCAAGCCACCAACGACUUCCCGUCGUUCCUUCCCAGCGCGGUCGAGAGCAUCCGCGACGGUGCCGCCAUCCGCCUCGCCAAGCGAAUCCAGCGCGUGCCCGUCCAGACCGGCUUCUCCACGAGCCCGAUACUGAGCAGCUGCGUGAGGCCACUCAAUCAGCAGCAGAGCAGUGACCCGGUCCUGCUGCUCUAUGGCUUCGACAGUUGGGGGCACCUUCUGUGGGGUCACUACCUGCCCGUGGAAGCGCUCAAGUGGUUCCACGUGGUGCGCCCCAGCGUCGGCAUGUAUCACGCGCUGGACGCACCCCCACCGAGAUGGGUGUACUUUGUGUGA